AUGCAUCCGCAUAAAAAGAAAAAAAUCAUUAACGUCAAAAAAUGUGAACGUAUUUACAACGAAGAAAAGCCUCAUAAAAUAUACGUCUGGCGCGUGGCACAAUACGGAAGCGAGACGUGGACAAUUAAUGCAAAAGAGAAAGACACGUUGGAAGCUCUGGAGAUGUGGCGUCGGAGAAAGACGCAGAGAACAAGCUGA